AAAAUAUCAUUUUAGCUCCAUAUCCAAGAUAAUAUGACCGCUUUAGUCACAACCUUUCUGGGAACCAGGCGCGGCACUCCCUUGAUGGAGGUACUGGUUGCUCUGAAGGAGCCGCCUCUGCAUCAUUCUCUUCGCCUUGUCACCUCGAAGCCGCUCCUUGACGUCAAUCACUUCUGCGCGCCGCUUGGUACUGUCCACUACUACCAUCGACGUCGUCGUUCUUUCUGGCCGCAACGGCAGCACCGUGGUGCGAAAGCCGAGUCCGGCCACCGGUGCUAAGCUGAGCCGAGGACUACUUGCACAUUCAGCAUCCUCCUGGCUCAACUAGUCCGCAGUUUGAACACUGGAACCGCCGCCGACGUACUUCCUGCGCUAUACGGCGACCAUGAAACCCGCGGAAGAGACGCUGGAUAUUCAAGCAUGCCGCAUCACGUUGUCGCGUUCGUUCUCGCUCCAUAUAAUGGCUCAAACGACUGAAUCCCCUGUGCAACUGAUGAGCCGCCCAAAUCUGGAUCAUCACCUUUACAGCUCCAUGUCGGCAACUUUGCACGACGACGCGCUGUCGCCGCACCGCGUGUCCACGGACUUUGCAUUGGAUUUUGGUUGCCGCGAUCGUCUGACGGUGAUGAUGGAAGUGGUGCCGUCGCCACCACCGCUGGACACGUCGCGCCGCUGCAUGCUUCUCGUCAUCCUGCUCCUUUCGUCGCAGCUCAAGUGCAUGGAGGAACUGUUUCCGCCGCCACCUUCCAACCAUCCACGCCCCCACUCGGGACCGACUUGCAUCUAA